AUGGCUCUCACACGUGCCAUGCUCACCCUCACAAUGUUACUAGCUCUUGUAGCGUUGUCCGUGGCUCAAGGCCCAGCCUCGGCACCAAAAUAUUUCACCCCCUCCAAGCCAAAGCCGCCGCCGACCGCCGCCCCACCGAUGACCACCGCCUCUCCACCGAUGACCACCGCCUCUCCACCGACAUAUAUGGCGGCACCACCUCCAUCAACCACCGCAUCGCCGCCACCUAAUACCGUUGGAGCUACUCCUCCCACCACCUCAGCCACCCCACCAACCACCGCAACGCCCCCGUCCACGGUGGCUACACCACCAACUGCUGCCACCCCACCUAUGGAAGCAAGAAGCCCAACAAGCCCAGGCCCAGUAAGCCCAGGCCCAGAAAGUAGCACACCACCUUCACCAACUGUACCGGGACCCGGCUCACCUUCACCAGCUGUACCGGGACCCGGCUCAUCUCCAGGAUCCUCCAUUGCAGAGCCACCAGCCCCAGUCCCAUCCAGUCCAGACUCAGGUGCUUUUGUUCAUGGGAUUAGCAUGGCCUUGGUGGCAUUCUUGGGUGGAGUUGCGCUAGUCCUUGCUUAG